CGCCUACGGUGGAGUCGUGAUACAAGGAAACAGGUCAUUUACAGCGCAUUUAGAAGCUGGAUAUAAUUAUUUUAGUAUGGAUUAUAGUUUUUAUGUUAUUAGGACCAUAACGCGGAAACACAGGACCUGGAACUGAAACACGAGGUGACAGAACCAUGCAGGUAUCAGUGAGAAGGCUGGCUCUGUGCCCGCUGGCUGUAGCCCGGUAUGGCCGAAUCAGGGCUCCUGUCCUGAGUCCAGUACCCCGCCUCUUGUCCCCCAGCACCCGCACCCUAUUCAGUGAGACGGGAGAGUGGGAGAAGGACUAUCGGAUAGAGACCCGACGCAGGGUGGAAGAAUGGUGGCAACCACGCAUCAUGGCACAGUGGCGGAAGGAUGCGCUGGAGGAGGGUUCCAACAGGAAGAAGUUUUAUGUCCUCUCCAUGUUUCCGUACCCAUCGGGCCGACUGCACAUGGGCCACGUGCGAGUGUACACCAUCAGUGACGCCAUCGGUCACUUCCAGAGAAUGAGAGGCCAUCAGGUGCUGAAUCCGAUGGGUUGGGACGCUUUUGGACUUCCAGCUGAGAACGCAGCCAUUGAGAGAGGCCUUGACCCAGAGGAGUGGACUAAAAGUAAUAUCCAGUCCAUGCGGGAGCAGCUGGACAGCCUCGGCCUUUGCUUCAACUGGGACCGGGAAGUGACCACUUGUCUUCCAGAGUACUACAGGUGGACACAGUAUCUGUUUAUCAAGCUCUUCGAAGCAGGACUGGCAUAUCAGAAAGAGGCUGUGGUGAACUGGGACCCUGUUGAUCAGACAGUGUUGGCUGAUGAGCAGGUGGAUGAAAAUGGCCGCUCCUGGAGGUCUGGCGCUCUGGUGGAGCAGAAGCUGCUCACACAAUGGUUCAUCAAGACCACAAACUAUGCCAAGCCUCUCCUGGACGCCCUGUCCGACCUUCCAGAGUGGUAUGGCGUCAAAGCCAUGCAGGCAAACUGGAUUGGCGACUGCACUGGCUGCUACUUCGAUGUCAAACUCAAGGUGAACGGGGAGGAGACGGGGGAGACUCUAUCAGCCUACAGCUCCUCCCCGGAGACGGUGUUCGGAGCGGCUUACCUGGCCAUCCUGCCCUCCCACAGGCUGCUGCAUGGUAGCAGCCCAGUGCGCGCUUCCCUGGAAAAGGCCUUUAAGCUGGGGAGAGACUCCCUGACAGAGGUCACCGCUCACAACCUGUUCACCGGCCAUGAAGUUCCCCUGGUCAUCUCACACAAAGAGGCGUUUGAUGGCUAUCUGGACACUGUGAUCGGUAUCCCAGAUUGUAGUGAGGAGGAUCUGUCUGUGGCCCGAGCUCUGAACCUGAGGUGGACGACAGUGCUGGACAGUGACCAAGACGGGAAACAAACUUUGAUUAACUCUGAUGAGUUCUCCGGCCUCAGCAGAGAGGAGGCCUUUGACGCCAUUACCCAGAAGGCCAGAGAGCACAAGGUCGGCGGCCACCUUACCAGCUCCAAACUCAGGGACUGGUUGAUAUCAAGACAGCGGUACUGGGGCACCCCCAUCCCUGUGGUGCAUUGUGGGUCUUGCGGUCCAGUUGCAGUCCCUGAGGAGGAAUUACCAGUGACAUUACCAAAGUUGCCGUCUCUCACAGGAAAGGGGGCGUCGCCUCUGAAGGCUGCUCAUGACUGGGUCAACUGUAAAUGUCCCAGAUGUAAAGGCCCAGCGAGGAGGGAGACCGACACCAUGGACACAUUCGUGGACUCAGCCUGGUAUUACUUUAGAUACACGGACCCUCAAAACCCAGACAGGCCUUUUGAGCGCCGCCUCGCAGAUCACUGGCUGCCCGUGGACGUGUACAUCGGAGGGAAGGAGCACGCCGUCAUGCACUUGUACUAUGCUCGCUUCCUGUGUCACUUCUGCAAGGACCAGAGUCUGGUGGCUCACAGGGAGCCUUUUCGGAAGCUGCUGGUCCAGGGUCUGAUCAAGGGCCAGACUUUCAAACUGGCUGACAGCCGCCAGUACUUAAAGAGAGAAGAAAUAGACUUCACAGGUGAGGAGCCAGUGGCAUCGGGCGGCGGUCGUAUUGAGGUGACGUGGGAGAAGAUGAGCAAGUCAAAACACAACGGUCUGGACCCCCAAGAGGUGGUGCAGCAGUACGGCGUGGACACGGUUCGACUCUACAUCCUUUACGCUGCACCGCCCGAACAGGACAUCCUCUGGAACGUCAAGACGGAUGCCCUCCCUGGGGUUCUGCGGUGGCAGUCUCGAUUGUGGCAGCUGGUGACCAAGCUGAGGGGGGCUCGGCAACUCGUAGAUUUCCCCAACCCCUCACUGCUGAAGAAGAAGGAGCUGGCAGAGAGUAAAAAGAUCUGGGACAAUAAGAACUACGCUAUUCAAGAGGUGACAUCUAACUUCACAGAGGACUUCCUUUUCAACGCAGCCAUUUCUCGUCUGAUGGGAUUUACCAACACACUGAGUAGUGCAACAGUCAGGGUGGUGCAGCACAGCGUGGAGUAUGAGGAGGCUCUGGCUGCGCUGGUGAUGAUGACAGCACCCAUGGCCCCUCACCUGGCUUCUGAGCUUUGGGCAGGUCUUUGCCAAGUGAAAAACCCCCUCAGCCCCCUGCUCCGGCGGGGAGGAGACAUCCUGCAACAGUCAUGGCCAACUGUGGAUCCUGAGUACCUGAAGGUCCCUGACUUUGUGGAGCUGUCUGUACUGAUAAACAACAAGGCCUGUGGGACAGUGACGGUGCCACUGCAGGCGUCCAAAGAUACAGAGCAGGUGCAGCAGCUGAUCCUGGAGAGCCCGCUCGGACAGAAGUUUCUCGGCGAGCGCAGCAUCAAGAGAGCCAUCCUCUCCCAGAGGACCGCCCUCAUCAACUUCCUCAUUGAUGAGUGACGCUUGGGCGUUUACCGCUCCGGUCAAUCAGUGAUUCAGCAUGAGGAGAUGUCAAUGUAAAUAUGUCUAAAGACAUUUUAUUUAUAUUUUCUGUUUUUAAUAAAAAGACUCAAGGCGCAGUGAGUUUCUCCCUUUUCUUCUUUAGUAUCUUUUGUAAAUUGCCAAGUGAGAUUUAGCACCUGUCUCUUUCAGAUCACCCCCCUCAUUUAGUUAGACCCUCUUGGCAAUCUCACAUGAGCCCAAACACCACUUCAAAUUCCAGUCAGCAUUCUCACCCCCCCAACCCCUUUUCUCCCCUAACACCACUUCUAGCAUCACACCAAGAACCACAACUUCACACCUCUGUGUCUGCCAUAUGCCUGUCUGCCCGUUGUCUCAGCAGAGUCACGCACUCAUGAUCUGCCUUAUCAGUGUUCGUCUCCACCUCUGGUGCCGCUUUUAGCCACAGAUCUCGUCUGAGCACCAUACAUGGGCCACUGUUUGGCUUCUGGAAACCUGUCGCCGUCAGAGGGUCUGUUAGAAUUAUAUUUGACCACAUCAUGGUCGUCCAUUGCUGCACUGUGCCCAUUCAUCAGUUCAGUCUCUCUGUGUCAAUAUUGGGUCAACAUGACUCGGCCAUUAGCACCGUCGUGGUAGAGAGCAUGAGCCAGCGGCACUGAAAUGUAUCCGUGUGUACGCCUACCGACCUCUGUCUUUAAAGGUUGUGUGAGUAAGCAGCUUUCUGAUAUGUACAAGCAUCCGUCUUCACGACUUGCCGUGCCCACGUCUCCACUUGAUCCAAGAGUUUCAGUAGCUGCACAAUAAAAGUAUCGUAUUUUGUCUGGUAUCCGUGUGAGAAUGAACAAGAAUGAAUGUGAUCUCUUUGAAAAGUGAGAUACACGUGUCAAUUUUGCAAGGUCAGCUUCUGUUUGAGGGAAGUGCUUUAUUUCUACAGCAUGAGACGGUCGGCUUGUGACUGAUAAAAUCAUUCUGUAUCUUAUUAUGUGAAUAAUGAAAGACUGGUUUGUUUUUUAUUAAAACACGACGAAUUUAGAAAAAGAAAAAAG